GCGAAUCCACAUGAAGCACACAGCGGCAAGUGAAAGGAAGAAAUGAAAACAAUUGAUUUUCUCCGUGUGUAAGCGUACAAGGUGGUUCUUGCAGGAAGGACGAUAUUUACUACAUCCUGCUGGCUGGAACUUGUUUGUUUUCUUUUUGUCAUACAUACUUUUAUGUGUGCGGAUGAAAAAAAUACUGCCAAAAUACAUUGCAAAAUGUGCUACGCAAUGCUGCCGUUUUAAUAAAAUUGAUCAAAACCAGUCCAAAAAUUGGUCGUCCUUCGGAAUAAUGGAGGAGGAGGAAGAUUGUGACAUAUUUAUAAAUCCGCUGGAAAAUGAUUUGGUGCUACGAACUUUGGCAAGAUACGUGAGACGACGCGAUUUGCUGAGGUAUCGUCAAGUUUGUAAGAAAUUUAACAAAUCGGUAAUUUCCAGAGUUCGAAAAGAGUUUUAUGUCCGGCUUGACGAAGCAUCUUUAGGGAAAUAUUCGAGUCUGUCGCAAUUUCUGUCGUUACUCCUCUCAUCCGACCCAAUUCCGUAUGGAUCUUAUCUCUUUCUCAAUUUGAAACUUGGAAAUCCACUCUUGCAAAAAUUAUUCACCAUUUGCGGAUCCCUCAUUAAAGCUUUGAGAAUUGAACUGAGCCAUUUCGACAUUCUGGAUAUUUACGGUUUGCGUGAGUUGCUGCUUCACCGAGCGCCCAACUUACAAAUCUUGUCCCUCGAAGGGUGUCUACCGGAAGAGGUGAUUUCAUUCCCCAAGUUCUUGUCCACAAUUGUUGGUUGCAAAUGCAAUGAGAUGAAUUCCUCGUCAAGAAAUGUCCCCAUACUUCCAAACAUUCAAGAACUUUUUGUCGAAGGGAGAAAAAUGCACCCCAACUUUUUGGUCGAUCUCCUCCGCUCAUGUCCCAACUUGAAAAGGCUGAAAUCCAACAAAAACUGGGGACUUGACCGCUCAACACUGAUAAUUUCGGCGGUUCGUGACUCUGGAAAUUUUAAGAAUUUAAACGCUCUCCAUCUCAAUGAUGUUGACGGAUCUCAUAUGAACAUUCUACUAACCUUGAGUCUGAAAGGGAUGAGACUGGAGGAAUUUUCCUUCAAGAUAUUAGAUUCGGUGGAUAAUAACUCGUUUCAAGGACUGAUCAAUUGUCACCACGAAUCCUUAAGGGAGCUCAGUUUCGGAGAGGUGACCGGAUCCCAGGAUAAUUUGGUGCUAAAUUUUCCCAUUAUGAAGAAUUUACGAAAAUUGAGUCGAGUUGCAGUUUGCAAGCCGGAAAUUGUUUUGGGACCAUUUUGCUUUGCUACAGUCACUCCCAAUUUAGAGGAGCUUAUCGUCCAAACCUUCGCAGACGAGGUGCAAUGGGAAGAGUAUUUUGCGGAUGUGAACGUUUUAUACCCUUGUCAUUCCUUGCGAAAAUUGGCACUCCCCACCAAUCUGAGUGAUACGUUAAAGCUGGUCAAACUGGGGAAGAUGUUUCCAAAUGUGCAGAAUAUUACUGCAGAUUCACCUCGGAAUUCAAUCAUUUCGCAGCUAUGGACAAUGUGGCCCGAGCUACAGGAGCUCUGUCUGACUCUGAGUGACAAGAAUGAUGGAGUUGACAGCAUUUUUACCGGCAUUCCUGAAACCACUUGCGACCUCAUCAACCUAUCCAAGAGUUUUGACGAGGUCGAUAUUGAGACUGUGAGAGUUGGACCGAGUAUUUCCAAUUUGCGAGGACUUAAAAAACUACAUUUGGAAACGUCUGCGAUAUUUUGGUCAGAAAAUUUAUUUUUCUGUGAUAAUGUUGAACCGACUUGUUUUCUUACCAAUAUUUCGGGCUACUUUGGACUCGCAUUCCUGCCAAACCUGGAAGAUAUUUCUAUAAGUUGCUGUGAAAUCACAGACGAUUGCUGCCACUACUUGGCUCGAGUAUUUCAAAAUUACGCCAAGAUAUUUAUAUCUGCCAGGAACCAUGUUCCCGUUUUUGAAUUUGACGAACUACAAUAGUUCUUAACGUUGCUCUAUAAGUAUAAAAGUACAUAUUUACGUGUAAUGCCGCAAUAUUUAUCAUGUAAACCAGUGAAGCACAUACAAAAAUGCAACCCGUUGUUUUCUUAGUCAUGCAUCCAUAAUAUGUAACUAUGUAUUAUAUCAUAUCGACACUGCAAACCUUUAAGAACUAAUAAAUUAAAUGUGAUAUUUACGGA